AUGGUCAUGCUUUCGACAUCUCAGCAGUUGCUCAAUUUUGCUAUAUCAAAACGAUAUCUUUCACUAAAUCCGGAGGAAUUGGACGAACUCUACAAAACAUGCUCACAGUAUGUAAAUGAUUCAGGGCAGUUCGACGGAUUGGACGUAUUGGACCAGAAUUCGCUCCUCUUGUUACUUUACCAGGUGUGUUUACUAACAUGCCACGACAUCGAGGCAAAUGCAACGAUGGAAAAGGUGACUGACUUGAUCAAUGAUAACCAGCUAAUCAACCAGCAGUCUGAAUGGCUGAUCUACUGGCGUAGUGUGUGGCUGGAGACACAGGCUGGUAAAUCGGGCCAACUGGACGUAGUUUUUGAGUACAUAAAUAACUCGAUGCAUAAAUUCAUCAAGGAUUUGAACAGGAAGGUUGGCACCACCUUGGGAGCUGCUGGGGACCCGGGUAAACUACGAUCGGACGACGAUUUGUACGUGCUAAAGAAACGUAAGGCAUCGAUGUUCCAGUCAGAUCCCCAGAAGUACGUUGUCAAGCUAUUGGAAUUGAUUGAUUUACGUCCGUUGGAUUAUGAGACUUGGUGUGAGUUGGCAGACGUUUAUCUGGCCAAUGGCGAGCUUGAGAAGUGUCAUUACUGCUACUUAGAGGUUCUAUUAGGCUUACCUUCUGCUUAUAAUAUCUGGGCUAGAAUGGGUGAGGUGACCUUGUUAAUGGCCAAGUCUGUGAACGGUAAGGCGUCUACAAAGUACCUUAAAAAUUGUGUUCGGUACUUCUCUCGAUCUGUAGAACUAUGUGAAUUGUUUAGUCGAGGAUGGUGCGGAUUAUACGUGACAUUAUCCCGCUUAUCAGACAAAGGAGGCGAUUAUACGACCUUGAAACAGUUGACGAAUGACAAAUUGAACCACAUCGUCAAUGCAAAGUUGGCUAACCACACAGAAAUCGCAAACAUUGAAUGGAUCUUGCAUAAUUAUUAA